AUGACCUGGGCGUGGCGGGUUACACUGUGCUGCGCGUGGCUCCGUGCUGCAGCUUCCGCCGGCAGCCUGGAGGCGCCUAUCUCGCAGACUGGUUCUUUGUGCCCCUCACCUCCGGCUAGCAUGCAGGAUGCGAUGUGCUACAGGUUCUUCGGACAGCCCGCAGCGGCGGACUUGGUCCAUACCUCCGCCGCAACCACCGCCAGGGAUUUCGGUGAUCUGUACGACAGGCCCCACGGUCCAGCGGCCCGCGAAGCCCCAGUCCAGGUGCCACCAGCAUGGCGGCUCCGUGUACCCCGCCGACCCCCCUCCGGUGUCGAGCCGACUGUAGACUUGAGCCCUGAUGGUCUGUGGACUCUACGGAGCGCGAUCCCGGUGCAGCAGCCGCCCCUGCUGGUGGACUCGCUGACGGUACGGCUGCACUUGGCCGGGGCGCCGUACACCGCCGCCCAGCUGCAGGGCCACCUGACCGCCUGUCCGCCGCCAACGGCCCCCAUCCGACGCUGUGAUGAAUACGAGUACGAUGGAGGCUGCGAGUACGAUGAUGCCGCCGCACCGGACCCGAAGGGAGCCGCGGUGGUUUCCGUGCCUAGUAGUGGGGUGUCGUACAAGGAUCGCGGCACCAUCGGCACAGCGGAACCAGUUGCCUGUGAGGGCGGCGCAGUUUUCGCACUGCCUCAGGGCUCGGAAGCAGGAGGCGGCGCGGAAGAAGGAGGCGGCACGUUGCAGACCAUGGAAGAGUACAAGAUCAUCUUUCAAGAUGGCGUCACGGACGACAAUAGCCUGGCAUCUGCACGCGGCGACAUAACUGCAGCCGAUCAGCUAGUUUACACGGUCAGGCUCCGCGUGAAGCGUUGGGACGCAGAGGAACAAGUGGUGGACCGCCUGGCGGCGCUGCUGCACCGUGCAGAGCUCCAGCCGCCGCUGCCGCCGCCUCUGCUGCCGCCGCUGCGCCACGGGUCGUCAUCACCGCCUCCAGACUCGCCGCAGCAGGCACUUGACCUUCAAUGGCUGCGCUCGUCACAACAACAACGCGCGCCGCACCGGCCGCCGGCAGCGCCGCCGCCGCGGCUUCCUCACGGCGACUCGCGAAACUCCCCUGGAGCUGACGUCUUCCGUGCCGUAAACGCCGGGAGCAGCGAUGGCGGUUCGGGCGGCGAUAAUGAUUUUGCCGAGCUCCUGGACAGGUUAUCGGCCAUGGCGCAAUCGCAAGGCCUGCCAGAUGGAUGGGCUACACAGCUGCGGCAACAGAUGGCGCAACUUGUUGCCGGUAGGCAGCGCCAAGGUGUAUAUGGCAGCGGCGGCGGCGGCAAUGGCGGGGGGGGAUCUGACUGGCGAAUCGACCGGGCGGUGCAGCCGGGUCUGCCGGGUGCCGUCCAGCGUGUGGCGCUGUGCUCCAGGGAUUUGUACCUCUGCUACAACCGCUACGUACGGGUGCCGCCGCCGCCGCCGCUUCCGUCCAUCAAGAAUGGCGGUGGCAAAGGCGGGGACGGUGCGGGCGACAGCGGCGAGGGCCGUGGCUUCGGCAGGUGGCUGCUGUCGUUUGAAGCUUCUGUCCAGAAGGAGUAUGAGAAGCGGACGGAGGUGACCGCAAAGCGCUACGUGGCUCUGCAGAAGGCUAUUGGGGAACAGAUGGACGCGUAUGCGGACAACUUCCCCCUCAUGCAAGCCCAAGGCAAUCUCAUUCGCCGUACACUCAACGCAAGGCUGUACAGCGCUGCCUAUAGAUCCGCCGCCGUGGCGUACGCGUCAGCCUACCUGGACGCCGUUAUUGGCGUGGCGCUGUACAGAAAAAAUGCGGAGCUGGCCAUCAACCCGCGCUACAUCAUCACACGUCUGCUGCUCAUCCUCCUGGACGGAGUGCUGGGCACCGUUUUGGUUGGCAUCACCCAGGCGACCUUCACCGUCACACCCACUGUUAUCAACCCACCCACAACGGUGAUCAGCUCCCUCAUCAAUGGCAGCUUCAGCGCCAACGGCACCGCCCCCCCCGGGGUGGUGGGUGGAGCUUCCGCCUCCAGCCGCGGUGUUACGGUGGGAAAUGUCAGUACCGCUGCCGCCGCUCUGGGCCCAGCCCUCUUCACUGGUUUGCUGGAGGAUGCCACUCGCGCCUUUCCUGAUGUAAUUGACACAGACCCGGGGGCCCGCAGGUCGAAGGGCGGCCGCGCAGGGAAGGGGCAGCGUAAAGGCCGCCGUCGGGAUGGAGCCGGCGAGGGAGGGACAGGCGGCAGGAGCGAAUUAGAGCGGGCAGCUGCAUGGCUGGACCUGGCGGAAGACGUAGUCGGGGGUAUCCGGGCAGCCUUGCAGCCUGAGGGCCAAGGGCAUGGCAGCGAUGGCGGUGGCGGUGAUAGCAGUGGGAAAUGGGGUUACGGCGUUGGUGGGGUCGGUGGCGAUGGGGGUCACUUUGGCAGUGAACUUUUUGACUUUCGAGGUGUCAGCCGAGCUGACGAUGUGGACGCUGCCAAGACCGGCAGUGGCGGCGGCGGCGGCCACAGCUUUAGCAGAGGAGCAAGUGCGCCCAGUGGUGCUGUGCGGGGGCCCGCCGCUUCUGUCGGUAGACGUGCCGCUCAGCUAGCAGAUAAGGAUGUUUACGCGCUCGCCUGCCUAAUUGCGGCACUGCAACAGACCUCCCCUUGCCGUACGGACCGUGCCGGGUCGGUGCUGGACAACCGCCAAGCGGCCCUAGACCGUACGGCAGCCGUCAUGGCAGACAUAGGGCCCACUGGGGCCCAGGUCCUGGCGGCCAUCAAUCGAACGGUACGUAGCAGCCGGCUGGGGCCCAAGGGUGGUUUGCAUCUAGGGUCCUGGGAAGGCAAGGACGCUUGCAGCAAUUCGCGCAUGGCGAGUGACGCGGCUGCGGCGGCAGCCGGACAGCUGAGCGCAGGCCUGGACCGCUUGCGUGACAUGGCCGCCGACGGACUCCAGUACAGAACCUCCGGGCCCGAGCGUUCCAGGUCCGCUGGCAGCACCGACAGCAGUAGCAGUGGCGGCACCGCCCGUGUUGUUGGUGACGCUGCAGCAGUAGCUGGUGGCUGGGACCCGCUGCUGCUGGCCGGCGGGGAGGAUGGGGUGGCGGCGGCGCUCAGGAGCCUGUGGGACGUCUGGUUUCCGUCCGGGACGACAGCGAACUCCUCUUCUGCGACCCAGUACGCCCCACCGCCACCGUGGGCCCUCUCGCCACGGCCCCCAUCCACCGGCACCUCAGCGACUACGACUCCCGACGCUCUGUCCGCUUCCAUCUUGCGAGCCGCCGGUACCCGCACGGACAAUAUCCCCUUCAACACCACCAUUGAGCUGCCCAAACCGGCUGCUGCUCCUCCUCGUAGCAGUGGCGGUGUCGCUGGUGGCAAUGGGCUUGCACGAGGUGGUCCGGCAGUGCGGCAGCUAGGCGGAGAAGUGCAGCCGGUUGAGCUGGCAUCAGCCCCCUUCCGCCAGCAGCAACCAGCAGGGGGCCAGAGGGUGCGGGUGUGGGACUGGAGGGGGCGCGGCCAGGAGCCGCAGCAGAUUACAGAGUUGCGGGAUGCAAGCGACAUGCCCGUCAGGGCACAACGAGGGGGAAACAGCAGCUUCAGUGCUGGCAGCGCUCACUCCGGGAACAAAGGUGGAAAUGAAGCGCGCGAGGACCUGCCAGCUGGAGAUGACCGUAUUAAGAACGCGGCGCAAAGAGGUGGUAAUGAGCUCCGAGGUAGCGUCAUCGAGCUGCCGGUGGCCUGGGGUUCCGCGGGCCAUGAUCACACCGCUUGGGCCGGACAGUUCCAGCGUUUUGGCUCCCCAGUGCCUUCAGCACAGUUGCUAGCUUCGGUCACGGGCGCGACGCAUCCGGGCCCUUCAGAUCCGGCAGUGCGCAUCAACAUCAGUAGCAACAGCGGUGUCCAGGACGACUUGGGCAACCAGAAGUAUCGCCACGCCGGCAACAGCAAAAACAGUGAUACCAGCACCAGUAACACCGGGGCCAGCAGCGGCAGUGACAAUAUUAAUCCUCCGGCGGAUGUGCCAGUAACCUGGUCAGCACUGAAGGCGUCCGCAGCUGCCGCAUCUGACACGGUGCCCCACAGGCUACCGGCCCGGCCCGCAGCUGCAGCAAAUCCAGUGGCGCCGCCACUUCCACCGGCCCCACCGCAGCACCACACCACAAUUGAUCGGUGGGCCCCGCCUGGGCCGUCCGCAACACCCGCAAAGCCUACCCCGUCUUCUCGAGUCAACACUACGAGCCUCAACGAUGAGCCACUGCGAGCUGUCAGGCCGGCCCCUGGACGCGACUCCGCCAGUCGCGGCCCGGUGUACGGUGGCUCGUGGGUGACUACUACUGCCAGCCAACAGCAGCCCGUCAGCAGCGUAAACACGGAAGCCGGCUUAAACAAUUUGAUGUCGCCGCCGGCCUCCUUGCCGGAGACGACGGAAGCAGCAGCGGGCGGAAGCCCUAUCAAGGACGGGACGACGCAAGCGGCGGGCGGCGAUCAUGACAUCUUACCGGCUGUAUGGUCAGCAGGACAGUUGCAUGCGAGGGUACGUCCGCUAAGCGGUGGCGCAGCUGCGGCUGCUGCUGCUGAGGCGGAGUCUGUGGCACUGUCAGGGGUGCAGGCGGCUCUUGCGAGGGAAGCUGUGGCAAUAACAGCUCGCGCCCUGGACGACAUUGCUGAUGCGAUGGUGGGUGCUUCAGACAGCCUAAACCAGGUCCCCGCGGGGACGAAAGCCUUGGCACCUAGUGCUGUGGCUCCAGGGACCCCGUCCAUCAGUUUGACGGGGGGACUGGCACGUGAGCUGGAGCCGCUGCCGGGGAUUGGCAACCCACCCGUCACCAUCACCGACGCCACCAACGCGUCAACAGCCAGGGCUGCAGCCCUUGCCGAUGCUGUCUUACAAGACUUGCUGACUUCCCUAAUGAGGAUUCUGUCCACCCUGUCACUCCGCCUGGGGGGACCCCCACUGGAAACCCCCCGGGUUGCGGGGGGCUCGCGGACCUCCCAGCGGUGGGCAGAUGCAGAUGAGCUCAUCGUCAGAGUCCUGGUAAGCACGGAAAAGCAGCUGCAGCAGCUGAGCCGACGUGCUACCGCCUUCAACACCGCUGCACCCUGGAAGUCACCCCAACGAGCCCCAAGGUCAUGGCCGUCUGGAUGA